AUGGAACCAGAGAAUCAUACCUAUUUCUCAGAAUUCCUCCUCCUGGGCCUCUCAGAUGAUCCAGACCUGCAGCCUCUCCUCUUUGAACUCUUUCUCUCCAUGUAUUUGGUGACUCUAAUUGGGAACCUGCUCAUCAUCCUGGCUGUCAGCUCUGAUUCCCACCUCCACACACCCAUGUACUUCUUCCUUUCCAAUUUGUCCUUGGCUGACAUCAGUAUCAGCACCACCACUGUCUCCAAGAUGCUAGUAAACCUCCAGACACACAACAAAACUAUCAGAUAUGCAGGCUGCCUAGCUCAGGUGACCUUUUAUCCUUUUUUUGCCUGUUUGGAGAGUCUACUUCUGACAGUCAUGGCCUAUGACCGGUUGGUGGCCAUCUGUCACCCCCUACACUACCUGAUGAUCAUGAACUCCCGCCUCUGUGGCUUGCUGGUCCUGGGGUCAUUUUCCAUUGGCCUCUUAAACUCCCAGCUGCACUACCUGAUGAUGUCACAGCUCACCUUCUGUGCUGAUGUGAAAAUCCCUCAUUUCUUUUGUGAACUUUCUCAGCUCAUUAGUCUUGCCAGUUCUGACACCUCCACCUAUAACAUAUUAAUCUACUUCAUCGGUACCAUCUUUGGUGGGAUUCCACUCUUAGGGAUCUUUUAUUCUUAUGCUCGAAUUCUUUCCUCCAUUCUGAGAGUCUCAUCAUCGGGAGGGAGGUAUAAAGCCUUCUCCACCUGUGGCUCUCACCUGUCCAUUGUUUGCUUGCUGUAUGGAACAGGCCUUGGGGUGUACCUCAGUUCAGCCAUCUCCUCCUCCCCCAGGAAGGGUGCAGUGGCCUCGGUGAUGUACACUGUGUUCACACCUAUGUUGAAUCCCUUCAUCUACAGCCUGAGGAACGGGGACAUCAAGCGUGCCCUGUGGGGGAUUGUCAGCAGAAUAGUCUAA